AGCAGAUCGCGCACUUCCGGGUGUCACGCGCCAGCGGAGUAACUGCCAUUGAAAUGCCAUAUCAAUCUCUCCAUAUAUUAUAGAAGACGAGAGGAAAGCUGGCGUAACGUUUCCAGGUGUAGAAAGUGAACAGUGCGAGUGACACUAUUGUAAAGAUGGAGUUUAUUAAAGAGGAGAGUGAAGACACAAGUGAUGCAGAAACUGAGGAACAGAGAGACAUGAUGGAAGUGAAAGUGGAGUGUGAAGAACUGAAUGUAGUGGAGGAGGAUCAUCAGUAUCAGAGACCUCAGAAGGUCAUAACGGGAGAAAAGUCAUCACAGUCCGAAAGUGAUUUCUCCCAGAAAAGAACAGGAGCCAAAAAACCACCAUUCAUCUGUCCUCAGUGUGGGAAGUGUUUUACACUCAAAGUUAACCUUAAAAGCCACAUCAAAAUUCACACCGGAGAGCGUGAUUUCACCUGUCUGCAGUGUGGCAGUAGCUUCUUCAAAAACGCCGAUCUAAAGAGACACCUGCAAAUUCACACCGGAGAGAAGCCGUUCAGCUGCCCUCACUGCGGGAAGAGCUUCACACGCAAAGAGAGCCUGGAGAAUCACAUCCGGAUCCACACCGGAGAGAAGCCUUUCACCUGCCUACUGUGUGCCAAGAGCUUCAUACGCAAAGGACACUUUAAGAACCACAUGCGCAUUCACUCCGGAGAGCGUCCGUUCACGUGUCACGAGUGUGGGAAGAGCUUCACGCAGGCCACCGUCCUCAAAAACCACCAGCACUCGCACUCGGGAGAGAGACCGUUCAGCUGCGGCCAGUGCGGUAAAAGCUUCAUUUCAGCGAAGCACCUGAAGAUCCACCAGAAAAUUCACCAGAAGCUUUUCUUGUGCUCUUUCUGUGGAAAGAUGUUCUCACAGCUGGGCUACCUGAAAGAGCACCAGAAAAUACACAGCGGCGAGAAAGCUCACAUGUGCUCGGUGUGCGGGAACAGCUUCUCUAGAGCCAAAUAUCUGAAAGAGCAUCAGAAGGUCCAUACGGGAGAGAAACCCUACAAGUGCUCACAUUGUGACAAGAGCUUCAGUCAGUCAGGGAACCUGAAAAUACACGAGAGAGUUCACACCGGAGAGAAGCCGCACCACUGCCCGCCAUGUGGAAGGAGUUUCGUCACAUCCAGCGCUCUGCUGUCUCAUCGAAGGAAAUGUCGCCAAAAGUUGUCGUAGAGAGCAAGAGUUAAUAUUGUGAAAUUAAGAUGAACUGAAGUGUCAUUGUGCAAGAUCAUUUGCUUCUACAUCUUUGUGCACAGCUACAUUAAACAUGUUAACUGUGUGUAAUGGCAUUCGUUUCCAUCCACUUAUUUAUUUGUGAAUUUUGGGAUAUUGCAAUAAAAAACGCUUGAUGGAAAUGCCAAGUUGAGCAUAAAUUCUAAAAAUGUGCAUAAAAAUAUAUGAGCUCAAUUGAGGCAGAUAAUUGUACUGAAUAAAUCCCUCGAUGCACAACAAAAGCUCACAUGCCUUUGCAUCAACAGAAGCUGUGAUUGGAUAACUGGACUAACCAGCGGACCAAUCGCAUCUCAGCAUCUCAAAUGUUGGUUUGGUGGUUCUGAAAUGCCUGAGCCAAAGUCUAUCAGAAUGAUUUGGUUUAAUUCCCUCCAGAAGUGUCUCACAUGACCAUCUGAAUGCAAGAGAAGCAACUCAUGCAGGAAAAAAGAGCCAAUUGCAGCAACUUACAUUUUUAUUACUGAUAUUUUGCACCAACUUCCCAGGAAGUGACAAUUCUGUUCUCUUGAACGCAUGGAAAUUCUGCUUUUUUUUGUAAAUGUUUUAUGCCAUAUAAGUUAAAUAGCUAAUGUUUAACAUGAGUCUAUUAUUUCUCCAUGCAUAGCCUUAACAAAUCGAGUAUAAAUGUUAGCUUGUGAGAGGCAGUGAAUGGAAAAGAUGUGCAGUGAGAAUAUGAGGAGAUCAGAAUGGAAGCCUAACCAGUCAACAGCUGCAGUGUUGAUGAAAAUAUGAAAUAAGGAUCUUUGCAAGUUCAUUUAUGGCUGAAUAGAGUACAUUAAUAUUAUUUUCAAGAACACUAUGGUGUAGUCUUGUAUGUUAAUCAAUUGAAAUGUCCAUAAAUGAGAGCAAAAUAUUGUACAGAGCUACUCAUUUAAUGAGCACAGUGGACAGAUGUACUUGAGUUCAGCAGAUGUUCAGUAUUGUUCCAACAAUAUAUCUCAGUUCUGUGAUAAUAAACUUUUUCCCCACAACACUCCAUCAGAUCUUUAAUUUCACCAGCAGAUACACACAUUAUUGAGAAAAGAUGAAACUGCUUUAAGGGAUCUUGCAUGAAAUGCCUUCAGACUUUCUAGAAAUCUUCCAUGUUUUCACCUUGAGUUGCCACUUAAACCCUAAGGACUAGAAACAAAGUUUUCAAAGAAAAUACUAGAAACCAGCAAAAGUGUUUGUCCUUUUUUGCAUAUUUGAAUUGAACGUCAUCAAAUCUUUAACCAAAUGCUACAAAAACAUGACAUGAAUCUGUAUGUAUUUAUCAAUAAGGUAUGUGAAAAUAAAGCAAGAUGCACUGUUAAAAUAUCUGA